UCAUUUUCCAAAAUCGUUUGGAAGGUUAAUGCAAAUGGCGGUUGUUAUUGUGGUCGAAAAUUUUAGUGAACGAAUAUUUUUAUAAAACCGUGUGCGAAUUCAUUAAUUAAUUAAACAUUGAUGGUUAAAUUUAAAAAAAGAGUGUUAUUGUAUUUAGGAUAUUUAUAUUGUGAGAAGAUAUGAUUAUGGUAUAAACGACUUGUCGUUUACCAAAGUGAUGCUCGUCCAUUCAUUCGUUAAUACGUCGGUUCUGCCUGCAUUUGUGUCUAAAAUGUUGAUACAAGUUUAUGAGCAUGUUAAAUAUUGGGCAUAGCUCACAGAAAAACGGCAGUGUACUGUCUUUAUAUAAACAAUUAUCCUACUAAAAUGACAAAUAAUUAAAGAUCAAGUGCUAGGUUUAUGAAUAAAUAAGAAAGUAUCAAGAUUAGUAAGCAAUAAAAUUGUGGCAAAAAUUAUAAACGAGAACGCUUCAUAGUGACACCCCAUGUAAGGCGGCGCCAUUGAUAAAUGGUGGUGUGGCAAUUCCUUGAUAUCUGCUGGAAGACGUAAACCAACGUGGAGGAAGUAAAAAAAAUACAUUAUAAAAAAGUUGCAGUCAUAUAAAAGAAUAUUAUUUCCGUGCGUUUUACGCUUGUUGUAAAUAGUAAUACAUUCUUGUAUAUACUUCGAUGUAAAAAAUAAUAAGUACAUAUGUACUUACAAAUGAGCUAUAAAAACUUUUGGAUUACAUGUACAUGCCUCUGUAAUGCAAUACCCUGCACCGUUUACCUAUAUGGGAUAAUGUUUCAUUUUGUUCAAAAACAAAAUGAUACGGCUUGUUUAUAAAUAUAACGGUUAAUUGGAGAUGUAAAUUAACGAAAAUGUUAAAAAAAACAAUAAUUUACUGUUUAAAUAGAAAGCCAAAUGCCUAGAAAAAAAUGUGUGAGUAAGAGUCAUGCUUUAAGAAAAGCGAACAUUUUCUUAUUCGUUGUAAAGUUUUGUUCAAAGCAACUACAAAUAAUAAUUGAAGUGAUAUACUCAUAAGUGAAAGGAUUCCGAAUACAUAAAGAAACAAGUUGUACACUUUACCCUUAACAUAAUAGAUGUUAUAUUGCAAUUAUUACUCAAUCUUAAUUGUUAAACCUCUGCCUGGUGUAAUUCUCGUGUAAUGAUAUGCAACUUAAACAGCAGAGUGAAUCUUGCGUGCGGAUAACAGUGCAAAUCCCAAAGGAUGCGGCUCAACGGUUACGCCAGAUGGCAGCGGAGGGCAAUCCAGCCCUCCAUGCUCUCGGUAUUAUGUCUGUGCAGUUGGACGGCGAUUCUGUGAUAUCCAUAAAAUUACCCGGACAGGAGAUAAAUUUAAAAACUAUAGAUAAUGACGAAGAAGUUUUAUCGAGCGGCAGUGAGGCGAUGGGCGAUUUUACACAACUGUUGGAUACUGGGGGGAGUGCGAUCCGGUGUCUUAGUGAUCAGUUAACAAGCGGAACAUUUUUGCAAUCACAAGUGCAAUGUCGCAUCCCUGUACAAAACACCAAUAAACAAGAACUUCCGUCAUCUCAAUUGCAGCAAUAUCAGCUGGUGCAGGACAGACGUAAUAAGCUGCUUGGAGGGCCAAGUACAAGCAAUGCCGCGCAAGCUAUUCUUCAAAAACAGCAACAUCAAAACCCAAACCUGCAGCGACAGUUAAUUCAAGGUCAACCACUAUUUAAACCACCAAACACAGUUUGUCCUAUGGAUGGAAAAGUCCCGGUACCACCAAUACCUUCAAAUUUAAAUAACGGGUCAAAUAAUAGGGAUUAUCCAUUCGUUAGUAUGAGGCAAGCUCGUGUUUUACAAGGUCGAGAAAAUGCACUGAAUAGUGGUCUAGUAAAUUCUAAUCAAGCUUUUUCAACAAAUGGUUCACAAUCUUUACAAGCGCCGCAAAAUGGACAAAUGGAACUUUCAAGUGCUUUGGUAUCGUGUCCCAAUGUACCAUUAAAAGGUUUAAAAAAUUCUCCCAAUGUAGAUCUUUUGCCUUCAACUUCUGUUUUAGCUGGUAAUAAAUUACAGUUUUUGCAACCUCCACCACCUCCAUACCCAGGUAUGGGGACAGUAACAUCAAACGUUAUAAACAAACCUGUCGCUCAAAUAAACAAAACAGUUCAAAACUAUUUACAAAAAGGCCUGGGAGGGCCACCAGUGGGAUCCUUUUCAGUAAUUAAUUCUACGACGCCAAAUAAUAAUAACAUUGCAAUUUCCUCACCCCUGCUUGUGAAUUUAUUACAAAAUGAUGGGAAUACAACGUCAAAUCAAGUAAAAUUGACAUCACAAACUUCAUUGACUCAAGAGCAAUCAUCACCGUUACAAUCCACGAGUCAGCAACAGUUAAAUCAAAGCCAACGUCAACAGUUAUUAAGAUCACCAAUGCAAACGCAAUCAACACCUAACGACAUAGCACUAGACCACAAACAAGUUCAACAACAACAGACACAAUUGUUAUCUUCGGAAAAUAUUAUGAUGGGUGCAUCUUCAUCAAUGGGGGUGUCUUUAUCUCCCGGCGUAAAUACGAGUAUGCGGAACUUACAUCAACAACAACAGGAGCAAAUUAUGACAAGUCCUGGAAGCAAUUUAUUUGGUCAUCACCAAUUUCAAUCUAACUUUCAGCCGCAGCAUAUUACAUCUCAACAAACCCAUUUUUUGCGACAACAGCGCCAGCAACAGUUGCAGGGAGCUGUUGUUUCGAUUCCAGGUACUCCUUCGCAACGCAUAAUGCAACAACAACAAUCGUUCCAGCAAUCGCAAAUAAUAAAUAAUAAUCAGACAUCUCUGCAAAAUGGUGUUGGUGGAAUAAUGUUAACUAAUCUGCACCAUCAGCAAUCACCAAAUGUUCGGCAAGUUCGUCCCGUAGGUACAAUGACAGGACACGUAGCUGUGCAGCAAAAAUCUCAACAAGCACUUCACUUUCUUUCUUCCGGUAAUAUGUCACCUGCGGCGUCGCAUUCACCUGCCUCUAGCCACCAGUCGAUGCAUAGUCCAUUAAUGGGCUCACAUCAACAGCAAAUAUUGUCGCCUUCUACAACACCAGUGCAAUCUCCACACCCUCAUACCCCACAUGCACAUAAGCAUAUUGGUCAACAGCAAUCGCAACAGUUGCAACUGCAACAGCAACAUAAUCAAUUACAACAGCAGACAGCGAUGAUUUUACCCCCAGCAGUAUCGCUGCCAUCUAACAGUGUUAAUCUUCAUCACAACUCACAAGUACCUUUAGAAUCGUCUUUAUCCGGAGCGAGAUCCAGUACUGGUAGCAGUGCCUCUUUGACAAAUACAAUACCUCCACCACCUGAUUAUAAUCAGACGGCUAACGCGACAACAGGCUGGCCUGUGAAUAACAAAAUGAUGGAUUCCGAAACUAAAAGUAGUUUCCAGGAGUUUGCUCGUUACCAAAUGCAAUACAACUUACAGCAGCAACAAAUGAAUACCAAUCACCAAUCGCAGCCAAAUAAAGAUGAUUUGCAAAAACAGCAAUUUAGCAAUCAUUCAUCGAGUCCCGUAGGAGAUACAAUUGGAAGAAUGGUGGCAGUGUCUUCGAUGGAUAAUGUUGCUUCCAAUGUAUUAUCAGAUCCUUUAAUAACUCUGUCCGAUUUUGAAGCUUUAACAACAAAUGACCUUGACGCUUUGCUACCAACAUUAAACUGUGAUUUGGAUUCAACUCUUAGUUUGGAUGAUAAAAAUGAAUUGGAAUCACUUUUGCAAGAUGCAAAAGAUCUCGAUUUGGACCUAAUUGAGGAAAAUUUAUCUGCUGUAGGCGUAGAUAUUGAUGAAACAGCAGCAGCGGCAUCUUCGCUUUUAGAUGCAGAAGCCAGACAUUUGCCACCAAAUGUGACACUUGGCGUUAAUCCAAUACACUUUGAACAAAAUGGCCAAAUACCGCAAACAAUACAAAACCAUAUGGGUGAUGACACUAUAGUGGCCACUAAAGAAAAUAAGUUGCAAGUGCAUCUAAGUAAUCAACCACGGGAUCAGGUUAUGCAAAACCGAUAUAAGCCGGAAGAUAACAUGUUUAUGCUAAAUAACCAAACUAAUCAGAAACUGCAGUUAACUCAAGAUAUAUUAUCCCAUUCUAUACAAUCAGCGCAACAUUCAAAUUUUCAAGAGGAGUCUGCGCUUCAUCGAAGUAAAGGAAGCGGUGGCACAGAGAAUUCACCUACUCAGAAACAAUUUCUAAUUAAUCCUCUGACCGGUGAAAUGGAACCAAUGCAAAGUGAUGAUAGCGAAACAGAGGCAGAACAGGAAACUCAGCAAACUAAUUCUAUGUCGAAAAAUCAGCGUGUAGUGUCCUCAGUAAUCGAAAGUUUUAGUUGUAAUCAAUCUGUCGAAGGUUUAUCCAAUUCUCUGUUUUUGGAGGAUGAUUCAAAUUCAUGUGGAACCUCUGUGUCCAAACUUUCAUUAAGUGAGCAAAUUAACGGAAUUAUUCCUGGAGUAGGAAGUGAUAUAGAACGCUCACGCGAUUCGUUACUUUUAAACAAAUCGAAUCGAAGCGUUAAAUAUACUAAACGAGAUGACACUCAUUUGCUUAACAAAUCAGUUACUUCUCUUAAUAAUAUUUCUGAAUUUUGUACAAUUAAAUCACCGAAUGCAUUCUUUAACCCUGGAACGACAUCGUCGGCUACUAGUAGUCUUAAAAAAAAAUCAAAGUCAACAACGCUACGAGAAAAACAACAAAAUAACUUAAAGGAAAAAAAGCAAGACGCAAACACCAUUUCUGGAGUGACAAAACCUAAAAGGGCAAAAGCAAAUGCCAAGUCGAAGACGCCUGCUGCAUUGUCAUGUACGAAUACAAUACCUUCUACUUUAUCGGAAUCUACACCCAUAUUGGCAACUCAACGAACAUCAGAAAGCUGUAAUAAUAAUGAGAAAAUAAAAUUACGCUUAAAAUUGGAAAAGAAGGAACCGGUAUCUCCUGCUUAUAAAGUAGAUAUUUCUUUUCUAGCUUCACCAAAACUUCCUGUAUUGGAAACGCCAGUGUCGAGCAAAUUAAACGUACCAUCUCAAAGUAAAAAUAGUGUUCUUCUUAACAAGAAUAUAAACCAAAAUACCACAGUUUUAUCGGUUUCUACACAACAGCCACAGAAUCUGCUAGAGAAUUCUUCUGUUGUACAAAACCAAUCGAUUGCUUUCACAAAUUUUACGCCACCGCAAAUAGCCGUAAAUGUUAGUCCGAAUUGUUCAAUUGAUGAACCGCGAGUACCCCCAUUACACAUCAGUCUAAGGGGUGGGAAAAAUUCAAUUGUGAUUAAAAGUAGUCGAAAAGAUCGUAAGAAACCACAGAGUUUGCCAAAUACGGCUUCAGUUGUAUCGAGUGGAGAUGCCGAAGAUGUUGAUUCUAAACAUAUACCUAAUAAACAGUCGCAAAUGCAGUCAUCGCAGAUGCCAGAUCUGUGUACAGAGAUUAGGACUCAAGAGAAAACACAGCAUUUGUACAUUUCCCAAAACCCUACAUCAUCAGUCUUUAACUGUAGUGGAAACGGUAACAAUUCCGUGACAAUAAUGACAUCAGCACGUUUGCCGACAUUGCCGAUUUCCAGUGAUGAUCUUUCAUUGUCAGCAACGUCAAUGACAGCGACGUCUCUGACAACAUCUUCCUUCUCGGGUAACAAGAAUGGACUCACAAUAAGUGCAAUUAAAUCGCUUGAUACAAAGAGCGGCAGUAGCUUAAAUGACAAUAAAAAUAUAAUAAUUGGUUCGACUAAUGUAGGUACAUUACCGUUUCCACCACAAUUGAUGCAUCAAUCACAAUAUCAAAAACAUACGUCCAAUAAACUGUCACAAACUUGUAAAGAGCCAACAAGCGUAUCUGGUAGCAUAAUUAAUACAUUAUCCAAAAAUAAUAUAUUGGCUUGUUCCAGUGAUAAUUCUGUAAAUAUUUCAAAUCGUGUGAUGAAUACAAUGAAUUUAAAGACACCAGCCACAAUUACACCUAUUGGUAUGGGUGGAGGCAAACCACUGACAAAAAAUCACAAACCACCGUCUUACAUAACUGCUGUUCAGCAACUUCAACUUCAAAAGCAUCAACAAAAACAGUUGCAGAAACAAACGAAAUUUGGUACUCUUAAUGAAAGUCAAUCACCACAGGAAACAAUUGUCGCAGUAGCGACUUUGUUGCCAAGUGCAACAACCCUAAAACGAGUUACAAUACCAAAAUCGUCGGUUGAACAAGAUGAUUUAGUUGUUAAAUCGGAAAGUGUUUCUUCUACAGCUGAAAGUCUUGUGAAUACAGACCACAAAAUAUCUGCUUCGAAUUUACCAACAACAUUGGCGAAUGCAGUUGUCAGUUUUAAGAACCAAUCGCAUGAAGCUGUACAAAAUGAAUCUGUUCCAAUUCCUGUAAGCAAUGGAACCGUAAGUGUAAAUAACGUUGGUAUAUCAAGUAAUCAAGGAAAUGUAGUUGGUACUUCACCACCUGCUCUUAUUAAUGUAACGCUCCGUAACUCGCCGGCAAGUAACGGAAGUGGUACUCCUGGUCAUGGUAAUGGAAGUGGAACAGGCGAAGACAGUGGUAUUGAGUCUAUGGAUGCGUUAUCAGAAAAAAGUCCUCAUCAACAAUCGUCUAGCAGCCCAACUCAACAGCAGAUAAAUAGUGGUAGUACAAGCACCGAAAAGACAGCAGCAACAUCUAAUGACGUAAAAAAGUCAUUGAAAAGCGAUAUAACAAAAGAAAAAGUAGAUCAUACCAAAAAUAUAAAUGAGGAAAAUAAGCUCGAAUCAAACCCACAAAGAAAAGAUAUUUUGUUGGAUUAUACAGAUGACGAAAUUGAAAAGGCUUUGGCCAGAAUGGAAGGAUUUAAUGAAGAUUAUUUGGCAGUUGAUCGAAAUGCAUCAACUAUUGUUAGCACAGUUGAACAAUUGUCUUCUAAAUCAGCUGCAAACACAAAAAACGCCAUCUCUCCUUCCAAAGUCGAAGACACUAUAAAAGGAACGUUGUUAGAACAUAUGGCCGAAACUUCAACAGAAAAUACUGAAAAUAAAUUAACGGGACGAAUAAUUGAAUCCAUUACCACUGAAGAUAGGAACACUUCUCAAUAUACAGAUGGAAAUAUUCUAUUAGAUAAUAAAUAUAAAUCGGAGAUAAGUCUAGAAAAACCAAUUUGUUCUAGAAAACUUGAUAUCAAAAUUGAUACUGAAAAUUUGACAACAGAUGAAGGAGGCAGGAUAAUAUUUGAAACUAAAAAACAAGGGGAUGCAUCAAAUAUUCAUUCACAACGUUCGGACUCUACUUACCCUCCUAUAUCUAUUGAAAUUCCAACGCAAAGCGAAACCGAAUGUAAUCGAAUUCGCACUCGUGCUAGUAGUCGAUUAGAAAGUCCUUUGGAUAUAAAUAAAUCAAGUCCAACAUCGAAUGAAUCAAAUGCAAAUUCUUGUGUGAGUACUAACAAUAAACAACUCAAUACAACGCGAGCGUCUUCAAUCGGUAGUGUCAGCCCACAAUUAAGCGUUACAUUUUCUGGUAGUGAAACUCAGCUUGGUGUAGGAAAUAAGCGUAAGCGUCAAGAAUCUGAUACUAGUGCUAAUAACGCUCAUUUAAAUGAAUGUACUGAACAAAAGCGUUUACGGACAAGCAGUAUAAGUAGUGCUACAAGCAAUGUUGCUGUUGAUGAUAAUGUUAGGAAUAUGAAUGAUUUAUCUUCAGCAAAUGAUGCGCAGGAUGCUUCAAAAAUCAUCUGUAGCAGAAAAUGUGAGGAAUCUUCUGACUCUGAUGAACCAUUGAUCGAAGUGGCAGAAAAAGUAAGAAAUUCAAAGGCAGGCAAUGUUGCCGACUUUAACACUAGUGAAGGAGCUAUUCAGACAACGCUGGUAAAUUUAGCAUCAGGGAAAAUGGAGUUUUGCAAUACGUCCAGCUUGGAAAAAAGUACACGUAAUAGUCGAACAAUAAUACAUCCCAGUAUUGACUUGUUCGACCUGGGGAAUUGUCACCGCAAGGCUCUGCCAAAAAACGGUCUCUAAGGGAAACAGCCACCCCUUAAAAACUAUUUGAUAUUUUUCCAAGAAAUUUCGCACAAACAUUGUUAAUAAAGUGUACUAUCAAAAAAUAAAAACCUUCGUGUAAUGAAAUAAUUGCUACAUAGGUAAAAAAAAUCCAAAUUUUCCUUUUUUUCUUCGACAAAGAAGGUAUAUAACCCCUUAACGAUAACCAAGAAGAAAUGGCAACAUCUGCAGAAUCUAAAAACUUUGAUUCCAGCAGACUGCCAUUACUCUUAUGAUAAUAUAUCUUUUGAAUAAUUAAUUUUUGAAUAAAUAAUAAUUAAACAUUAUCUUCAUUUUUUGACUUGAAUGAAAUAUGAAAAACUUGCAAUUGUUUUUAUUUAAAAUAAAAAAUUUAAAUUGAUCAUACGUUAUUUGUUUAAUAAAUAAAAUUUCUUUAUUUUUUCUUUAGUUUUAUCUAAAAUAUUCCUAUAGUUUUAUGAUUCAGUUUUUGGCUUCUCCUGCAAACCUACGAAAAGUGAUGUUACGUUAUUUUCAGGUGACGAUAUGUAUAUGUAUAUAAAAUUGCUUGGAUUUCGAUCUUCUGAUUGACGUUUUACACCUUAAGGGGCUACAUACGUCCAGAAUUUUCAAAAAAUUGAUUUUUAUUUUUUAUAGUUUAGGCGUGUUUCUGUGUAAGUCGAUUGUAAAAAUUCCCCAUAGAUACAAAGUUAUGGUAGAAAAUCAGACCGCCCGACGAGAGUUUAAUGCACACACGUAGCUGUCCUUCGUUUGAGGCACAUGAAAGUUUAAACGCGUUUUUCUCGUACUUUCCCCGGCACGGUCUGCAUGAUAACUCAUAUAGUUUUCAACAUUUUUUGAUGUAAUUUUUUUUAAUAUUGGAAAAUGUUUUCUCUAUAGUCUGUCGAGCCGGAUUUUCGAUAUUUUUAUUAAAAAAUUUUAUAAACAUAAUUAAAGUGUGACAUUUAUGACGUACAACGCAUACUUUUUUUCUAAAUUCUCUAAAUUGGAAAAUUUUUCGAAAUUAAAAAAUUCGGCUCGAAAGACUAUAACUACAACUUCAUUUUACAAGAUUUUUUUUUUUUAUUUUUACAUAUAGAAACGAUGUUGAACGUUUACUUCUUUCAAGUGUCUUUAUUCAACUCACUCUUUACAAAAAUUCUUAUUAGCUAUAAGCUUAACUAUUUUACAGUAAUAUUAAUGAGUGUAAGAGAGAGUAGAGGUAAUAAUGUAUGUUCGGGAAUAUGUUGUAUGUAUGUUUAGUGUGGGGGAGAACGUGUGGGUGUAGAGUUGGAGAAAGUAUGUAAAGUGUGAGUGGGAGUAGUUUAAAUAAGAGUAAGCAUAGGUAAUUAAAUAUAAGAGUAAGACUAAGUUAGAAUCAAGAGUACGAUUAGAAUAAGUAUAGGUAAAGUAUAUAGGGCUAUUAUGUAACUCCUCCACCCUUAAGUUAUUUGUGUCCUCGCAAAUAUUUAGUUUGCAAGGUAUUUAAUUUAUUUAGAGUUAUUGAAAAUUUUUAAAUUUAAAUUAAAUGAAAUUACAAUAAAAUUAGUUAACAUUUUCAUUGUUCAAAUUAUAUUUUCGUUUAAAUUGACUUUUGUAAUAUUUUAUUUUUCUAUUAUUCGAAGAAUCCACAACAUAAUUACCUUGGCGAAAAUAAUUUUCAAGUUUCUUAUAUUUAGGUUUAGUUUCCGCAAUUUGCCUAUUAAAUACAAUGUUUUCUAUUUGAUUUGGUUCAGCCUUUCUACUUUUAUUCAGUUUAUUUACCCUUUGAAUUUUUUGUUGUUCAAACUCUUUACAUAAUUCAUUUAUCUCUUCUUUGUCAAAGUUUUUUAUUAUAAAAUCAAUUGGUCGCUUUGUUUGUGGUAGAAUGAAUUGUUCUAUUAUAUGCGUUAAAAAUUUCAAAAAGUUUGUCGUCCAAAUCUUUCGUUUUAUGGCUAGUGUCUGCUUCUAAUACCCUUAGAUGCUCAUUAAGUGUACCGUGUAAUCUUUCAAUGUCAGAAUUACCUGUCUUUAGGUACGGCGUAGUUACGUGAGACUCAAUAUUUUGUUCACUUAAAAAUAAUUUAACAGCGCUGUGUAAUAUACAACGAUCGUUUAUUGAUUUUAAAGCUGCUAUUAUUGCAAUCCAAUUUCUAUCAUUUAAUUUAUGAAAUGUUGCAUACUUUGAGAAUUUAUCUAUGGUGGUGAGAUACAUUUUAUUCCUACAAGGGUACCAAAUGUCUAUAUGGACUAUGUCAUUGAGGUGUGUAGGGGUUUCUGUAAUUUGGUAGGGAAGUUUUAGGGGAUUUCUGUCGUGCUUAGCUAUAGUGCAAAUUGAACAAUUAUUAAUAUAAAGUGUUAUUGUUUUAUAAAGCUUCGGGUAAAAGUAUUUAUUCUUUAACUCUAAAAAUACUUCUUGUAUGCCUCGGUGGUUAUUUCGAAGAUGCUCAUUUUCAAUGAUAGUCAAUAUAUCGUUUUUGUCAGUAAUUUCAUAUUUCAUAUUUGAUCGAUACAUUGUCAAAGACCUGUUACCGAAUUUACGAACAAAAACACUUUGAAACGCGAUAAAAAGAUCAUUUUCGCAAUAGAUACACAUGAUGCCUUUGUCUAUUAAUAUACCUUGCAUAAUAUUGCAAAGAUCAGAUUCCGGAGUAAUUUCUACGUGAUUUUGAAUCUUUUUGUUUACAAUUUUUACUACACAUUUUUCUUUCUCUCCAUAACUUAAGUAUAUUUGAUUUUUGUAAUAAUUGAUUGCUUUUUCUGUUAUAAAUAUAUAAUCCAAGUUAUCUUCAAAUGCGCUAUGUAUUGUUGCCGCUGUUGACAUAAUGUCAACUCGUUCAUCACUUUCUCUAUUAACUUUGUUUUCUUCACGUAAUUGGCUAUUAAAAAUAUUUACAUUUCCUAAAUGUUUAACUUCAUCUUUUACACAGUAUCUACUUAGAACAUCAGCGACUGUGUUAUCUUUGCCUUUAAUAUGUGAUAUAUCAAAGUCGUACUCAUUAAGUAGGAUUUUCCACCUUUGUAGUUUCAUAUUUGGUUCUCUAAAAUUAUGUAGCCAAACCAAUGGUCGGUGGUCAGUCUGAAUUAGAAAUUUGCGACCGUACAGAUAUGUGCGAAAAUGUUUCACUGAGCAGACAACAGCAAGGGCUUCUUUUUCUAUGGUUGAGUAGCGAAUUUCAUGGUCAGACAACGUUCGAGACGCGUAGCAAAUUGGGUGGCCUUGUUGGCUUAAAACUGACCCAAUUGCGAAUUGUGAAGCAUCAGUUGUAAGGAUGAACUUUUUAUUAAAAUCUGGGGCUUGUAACACUGGCUCACUAGUAAUAAGUUUUUUUUUAACGUUUCAAAUGAAUUUAGGAAUUCUUGGCUUCUAUAAUCCAAUACAGCAUUUUGCUUUAAAAGACGAACCAUGGGGAAUGCAACUUUCGCAUAGUGUCGCAUAAAUUUGCGGUAAUAACCGGUGAUUCCUAAAAAUCUUUUGAUUUCCUUUAUGUUUGAAGGUGGUUGCAUUCUGUUUAUUGCUUCAAUUUUUGAGGGAUCAGGUUUAAUACCUUCACCUGUUACAAGGUGUCCUAAAAAUUUUGUGGUCAAUGCAGCAAAAUGACAUUUAUAUAUUUGUAUCUUUAAAUUUGUAUCUCGUAAAGUGCUAAAUAUUUUUUUAAUGGACUCUAUGUGUUCCUGAAAACUUGUGGAAAAUAUCAAAACAUCAUCUAGGUAUACAACGCAAAUUUUAUUUAUGUGAUUUCUUAAUACAUGAUUUAUUAAUCGUUGAAAUGUUGCAGGGGCUGUUUUAAGGCCAAAUGGCAUACGAUUAAAUUCGUAAUGGCCACUUGCAGUUGAAAAAGCUGCCUUAGCCCUAUCGUCGGGGUGCACUUCAAUCUGGUGGUAUCCCUUAGCAAGAUCAAUUGUGCUGAAAUAACAGCAUUUUCCCAACUUAUCAAAUCAAUCUUCUAUAUUUGGAAGUGGGAACUUGUCGUCUACUGUUUGUUCAUUUAGUUUUCUGUAGUCAAUUACAAUUCGCCAUUUUUGUUUACCACUGUUAUCUGGUUUUUUGAGCACAACCCAUAAUGGGGAAUUGUAAGGAUUACAACUCGAAGAUAUAACAUUUUGCGUUAGCAUUUCCUGUAUUUGCCUGUCCACUUCUGCCCGAUGUACGACAGGGUACCUAUACAGUUUACUAUAUAUAGGAGUGUCAGUUUUUGUAUUAAUUCGAUGACGAAUUUCACUACUGAAAGAUAAGUUUUCACCAUCUUUAUAAAAAAUAUCUUUAAAUUUAUUUACAACAGUCUUUAAAACUUCUUGAUCUUUAGAAUUUAAAUGAUUAGGAAACAUACUAAGUGACGAAUGUUCUACUAUUUCUUUUUCUUCAUUAAUAAAUAUUUCCAAAUGUUUAUUUUUUUGAUAAUCAUCUACUGUUAAUUCUUCUUCUUCGCAAAAAUAAAUUGGUAAUGUUGCAUCUUUUGUUAUUAAAACUCUAUUCUCGUAGUCGAUUUUACAACUCAAAUUAAGCAAUAUAUUGUCGCCUAUUAGACCAUCAAAGUAGUUAUGAAAUUUAAAUUCUAGGAAAUUAACAUUAAAAUUUGGUAUAUGAAAUUCUUUAAACAAUGGAAAUCUAUACUGUACGUCUGUAGUAACAGUUCGAUUUAUAACUUUUAAAGUAAUAGAACGUGAUUUUAUUCUCCAUUUGGGAUUACAAAUAUUUGGGUUUAUGAUACUAAAUUCUGCACCUGUAUCUAUUAUGAACUUAAGUUGCGAUUAGUUCUGUAUGUUUGGUUGCUGUAGUUGCUAUUAAAACUGGGUUGAGUAGAAGAGUUUAGUGUUGCACUGUUUGAGUUAUUUUGUCGUUGACUGUUAUUAAUGUUAUUGUUGUUGUUCUGUUGUCUAUGCUGUUGACUAAAUGUAUCGUUUGCUCUAUUGCUCUAAUUGAAUAGCUGACUAUUCUGUUGAUUAACAUAAUUGCUCAUAUUAGCUUCUCUGUUAUAAUUAUUAUGUUGCCUAUGAGAAGAUAAAUUCAUGUUAUUAACAUUAUGUUCACAGUUAUUCUUUCUAUGAGCUGUUUGGUGAUGUUUAUAGUUCCAGUAACCAUUUGAUUUUAUAAUUUCAUAUGCGUCUUUUAAAGUUUUUGGAUUCCUGCUUACAAUAAUGCUUUUGACAGGCUCGGGUAACCAUAUUUAAAUGAGUUUAAAGAAAUCCUAGCAUUGCUUUCACUAUUUAUACUAGAAGAGCUAUUGCCACAAAAAGUUGAUGCGUUAUUUAACCGACAUAAUAAAGUAUUAAGGGAAUUAUAAAAACUUGUAGAAGUACAUCUACAAAUUCUAAUUUUAUCAAUAAGUUCAUCGACUGAAUUCUUUUCGCCAUGAUUAUCUAUAAGGACUUUUCUAAUUUCUGGCCAUGAAAGUGGAUUUCCAUUAAUUAAAAUGGAUCUUCUAGCACUUCCAAUAAUUUUAUCUUUAAUCUGGCCAACUAACAGAAUUUUAUAUUCUUCAUCAGUAAAACUGUCUAACAUUGGACACAUGUAAGCUAUACGCUGUACAAAAUUUAAUAGUGCAUCUCUGUUUCCGUCAUAUGGAGGAAUGCUAUUUAUGUUGGUGGAAAUGAGCUUAAACUUUACGUUAAUGUUUAAACUAUCCAUAUUUGCUAAACUAAAUUAAAUAAAAUGCCAAAUAAAUGGAUAAAUUUUACUUUUUUAAAACUACGAGCGUUAACGUGUAUGUACAUAAAGGUGUGUUUGUAUUGCUCUUAAUGCAAAUUAUAUACGAGUACAUACGUAUCCAUAUGCACCUACAGUUGUCCACAAAAAAAUAGGAGUGGCCACAUGAGAAAAACGAAUUGUUAUUUUUCAUUAACAAAAAUGUUUGUUUUUUUCAAAAUUUUUGCACAAUGUAAUUUGUUAAAGAUCUAUUAAUAUUUCCAGAUUUCAUUUAUUUCAAUUAAGUAUAAGCAAAAUUUUAUAUCGCAGCUUAUAUCAAGUAAACUAAAAAACUAGUUCCACAAAAAAAUAGGAGUAUUUUAUAAAAUACGUGACCGUUCUAUAUUUUUAAUAUAAAAUGCUUCCAAAGUUUCACAAAAUGUUAAAAUAAUUAAUUUUCCGUUGAAUAACCUCGAUUUUUUUAACACAGCAUCACAUCUCCGAGGCAUGGAGUCUAUGAUAUCCUGGCAACGCUUUAUUGGUAUUCCUUUGGAAGUCUCUUCCACUACUUGUCAUAAAUCUCUCGAAUUGAUUGGUUUCUCUUCAGCUACUUUCUUCUUGAUAUAUGUCCACAGGUUUUCAAUGGGGUUGAGGUCAGGAGACUAAGCAGAUCACCACAUAACCUCAACUCCGUUGACCCUAAACCAUUUUUUUGCGGACUUGCUAUUAUGUUUAGAGUCAUUAUCCCGUUGAUAUACCCAUAUCAAUGGCAUAUUCCAUGAGGCAUGUGUUAACUUUACCUCAUAUAAUAUUUUGACAUAUACCCUUUGGUCAUUGAUGGCUUCAAUUAAGUGAAUUGGACCAACACCACAAUGGGAAAAACGACCACGUACCAUGAUUUGGCAUCGUUAUGUAUAACGGUUUUUGUGGUAAACCGGGGAUUAUAUUCUGAGUUAGGGGGACGUCGGACAAAGUUCCUAGAGCCUGUACUACCAAGUAACUCAACUUUGGAUCCGUCUGACCACAAUAUGUUUCGCCAUUUAGACGCGGGUCAGGAGCCAUGCUCUUUUGCAAAUUAUAUGCGGGCUUCCUUGUGUUUCUUUUUUAAUGGGGGUCUUUUUCGUGGACUUCUGGCAAAUAAUUUGUUCUGCUCCAAACGCCUACGAACAGUUUCAGUAUUAACUGACAAAUUUAGUUCGUCAUGGAUGCUCCUGGCUGAAGCAAAAGGAUUAAUUUUGUAGUAGCGUACUAUAUUGCGAUCGUCUGAAGUAGAUGUUUUCCGCUUUUGUCUACGAGUUUCUUUUUUGUUUCUAUAAUUAAAGGCAUUUGCUAUCAUUUGAGAAGAGCAUUUUACGAUUUUUUGGAUCUCUUUAUAAGUUUUUCCUAGUUUUCUCAAUUUUUUUUAUCGUUUUCCGCUUUUCCUCUGUAUAAUGAUUUCCUUUACCCACAGGAAAAAAACACAAUGAUUAAAUAAAAUAAUAACUAAUUAAAAUUGCUGCUAGAUUAUGGAACUAUAUCUACUUUUCUAGUUUUGUGAAAAUUUUUUAUGUUAAGGACAAUUUUGAAAACGAAAUAUCUAACACUCCUAUUUUUUUGUGGAAAGCAAUAAUAAGUGUCUCCGAGAACUAGCAAAGCAGAACUAGAAUAGCAAUCGUCACAAUAAAAAUUUGUUUUGUAUUUUAAUGCUAGUAUCCCGUUAUGUGUACCGUUAUUGUUUCGUGUCAUUUACAUGUGAUUUAAAAAAGUUAUGCAACCAAACACAUUUUUCAGAUUGGCACUCCUAUUAUUUUGUGGACAACUGUA